UACAAACGUAGCCAGUUGUCCGCGUCGCGCGCGCCUUUCCGAACGUGUGGCGGGAAAUAAACGUAAAAAAGUUAAAACGUCAUAAAGCGUGCGAAAACUAAUCGGAACUAGUGUGACGUGUGUCAAAAACAAUUUCGUGUUGUGAAAUAAUGGGUCAAUAAAUGUUUGGACAUUAAAAAUAUUAUGAUAAGUGUGUGAACAUGUCUAAAUUUGUGAAAAGUGUAAAGAAGUGGAGUGGGGUGUCCAGGCCGAGCAGUCAGGAGCUGAACCGCAGCCAAUACUCGCUGGUGUCCUGCGGCGAGCUGACCGCUGAGGCCAUCCAGCUAUGGCUGGGCCUACCCAAGAAGAUCAAAUACGACCCAGAGCUAGCACCCUUCAGACAACGAUAUGAGAAGGAAUUUGGUAACCUCGAGAACAUCCCUCUUUCUUCCAACCAGUCAUCAAAUGGCUCCGCGCCGGAGACAAAGCGUCUGCCCCUCGUCAAAUCAGCGCCACAUCUCAACAACAACAACAAUAUUAAAACUCUAUCGUCCAAUGACGAUGGCGUUAAUAUUAAAGACCCCGAAAAAGCUAAUAAUUACAGCAAAAAUGGCGAAAAGGAGGAGAAGGCACAAACGCGUAAACAAUCAACAAAGAUGGCCAAAGCGAGGCACUACGUGAAGAUGAUGCUGCUAAUCUCCUCCUGGAUCUUCUUCACGAUUGUCUUCAUGCUGUACAAUGAAAAGGAAGAAAUAAAGAGAAACACAUUCGUGGGACCUGGACAAAUUAAAGAUUAUUUCUUCAACGCAUCUGAGAUUGACAAUUUGUCCGUGCUGGUGAAAUUAUCUGGUCCAUUUCUACCGGAGCAUAUGGAGAAACAUUUGAACUCUACGGAACUGGUAGCCGCUCAGAAGAUGACCGUGUGGCUUGAAAGAUGGUCUGCGAGUGAUGGACCUCCUAUGAUUUCCAAGAAUAAAGAAGUAACGGCUUCUGAAAAAUGGUCCGUGUUAUUGCAAGAAGACAGAUUCCUCGACUUCAGUAAGGGGGAGCGUCGUACAUCCACAAUUACAUUAGGGAAGAAUGCUUCAAGUGCAAACUCCUCGUCAGUUCACAUGAUCCGAAUGCAGACCACAUCUAAACAAACUAUACCUCUGACUGUGAGCUACACUGUGAACCCGAUAGAUGUCGCCAGUGGGGUUACGUACUCCUGUCUCCUGCUCUGCAGUUUGUACAUGCUCAUAAUAUUUGAGAUAAUAAAUCGGACAAUGGCGGCCAUCAUCGUCUCAUCAAGUGCUCUGGCGGUACUCGCGUUGGUGGGGGAGCGACCGUCCGUGCCCGAGCUGGUUUCCUGGCUGGACGUGGAAACGCUGCUGCUACUCUUUAGCAUGAUGCUGCUGGUCGCCAUCACUGCUGAGACAGGCAUAUUUGAUUUCCUCGCUGUUUUUACGUUUGAGGUGACAAGAGGCAAGUUGUGGCCGCUGAUAUCGUUGCUGUGCGCUAUCACCGGCUUGCUCUCCACCUUCCUCGACAACGUCACCACAGUCCUCCUCAUGACACCAGUCACCAUUAGAUUAUGUGAAGUGAUGAAUUUAGACCCGAUCCCCAUCUUGAUGUCGAUGGUGCUGUUCAGCAACAUUGGGGGCACGGCCACGCCAGUCGGGGACCCCCCCAACGUUAUCAUCGCUUCUAACAAAGCUGUUGUGCAAUCUGGCAUAAACUUCACGAACUUCACGUUGCACAUGACGCUGGGCAUCGUGCUGGUCUGCGUGCAGACUUACUUCCAGCUGCGCUACAUCUACAGAGACACCAGCAAACUCAGGCUCAACGUGCCCAGAGAUAUACAAGAUCUUCGUCACCAGAUAUCUAUCUGGCGCCGUGCGAUCGAGUCCCUGCCGCACUUGAGCCAAGACCAGCAGGUGGUGCGAGAGCGACUGGAAAGAAAAGUCGCCAAGCUUAACCUCAAGCUGACUGCGCUGGAGAAGGAGAGCAUCAAGAGGGUGUUCCCCAAGGAGACCUUCCAGAGUACAUUGGUCGAGUUGAAGGAAAAGUACAAAAUCCGGGAUAAGGCGCUUCUUAUCAAAGCUUCGAUUGCGAUCAGUUUCGUCGUCAUCGUCUUCUUCCUCCACUCUAUUCCAGAGCUCAACCGCGUGUCUCUGGGCUGGACAGCACUCCUCGGCGCCAUCUUGCUGCUGACGUUGGCAGACCGCGAGGAUUUGGAGCCGAUACUACAUCGGGUGGAGUGGUCUACGCUGCUGUUCUUUGCUUCGUUGUUCGUAUUGAUGGAGGCGUUGUCGAAGCUAGGUCUCAUAGAAUUUAUAGGUGGACUUACGGAAUCAAUUAUUCUCAAAGUGGACGAGAGCGCCAGAUUGGCUGUAGCGCUUUUGAUGAUGCUAUGGGUAUCGGGGGUAACAUCGGCGUUCGUAGACAACAUCCCGCUGACUACAAUGAUGGUGCGUGUCGUCACCACACUGGGUUCCAACCCGCAGUUGGGACUGCCAAUGGCACCUUUGAUUUGGGCCCUUUCAUUCGGUGCCUGCUUGGGAGGUAACGGCACGCUGAUCGGCGCGAGCGCGAACGUUGUGUGCGCCGGCGUGGCGGAGCAGCACGGCUACCGCUUCUCCUUCCUGCAAUUCUUCCGCGUCGGCUUCCCCGUCAUGAUCGGCCACCUCCUCGUCGCCUCCCUCUAUCUCCUCCUCUGUCACUGCGUCUUCACCUGGCACUGAGAUUUAAAAAAUAAAUUAAGAUAAAUUAAUUAUCCUGGGUGAGAUUUGAAUUUUCUAAAGUGUAGAAAAAUGUGGAUAGUUUUUGAUACAUAAAUUUGUGAAUAGAUAUCUAAUAAUUUCGUAACUUUUCGUUACUUACCUAUUAAUGUUAUCGAGCCCUCCGAUAUGACUAGAAGUGCAGGAAAUUAUUUCGAAGCUCUAAUAUUUUACAUGUUACUAUCCGCCAAUUUCCAUUUCCGAAACAUCUAUAUACAAAUAUAUCCUCAUCUCAAUGUCUUCAAAGAGAAUUAGAGAGAAGGCAAUAUUUAUAUAUAUACGAAUGUUUCGUUAGUGGGAACGCAGAGUACUGGUGUAAUAGACAAUGGCUUUAAUAACUGUCACUUACAGUUUGAAACUGUUAUAUUGUAACGUCUAAAGAACGACUAUGUUUAAUGUUAGUUUUUAAAUUAAUAAUAUUAAUAUUUAUUUCCGCGUAUGAUUAUUUUCGUGCUAAAACGUAUACGGUUAAAUUAUGUUAGUUUUAAAUAGGUACUAUUCGAUAAAAUACAAAAGUACAAAAUAAGAAAUGUGUUAAAAACUGUGAUAAUUAUGUUAUUUUGGUACUUAACAUAUGCACCGCACAUUGAGAACUAUGGCAAGAAAUCCACAAGCGAGAUUUUUAUAUAAAUAGAAAAAUUUAUUUACAGUAUACAUUAUAUUUAAAUAUAAUCAUCUCAUCGAUAAUUUUAUAUUUGGAAAAUGUUACAUCGAAUCUAACCACACUAACAAUUUUAUAUUAUGUUGACACAUCUGACGCAAAUUAAAUAAACGUCAAGCAAACAACAAGACGUCAAGACACUUGCCAUGUAUUUCAAGUAUACUACUUUUUUGGUAGCCUUUUAUUUCUUGGUAGUUUCGUACAUAAAAGAUGCCUGAUUGGUAUUUUUAUCUAACACUUUAACCAAUUUGUUUACAACUUUGAAUUUCAUUUUAGUUUUCAACGUGCGUGUUGAAACAGUUUCUACGUUCUAGUUAAAAUUUUGUGAGAUUAGUCGCAGUAACAGUAUUUUUAGUAAUUUUUAAACGUUUAGAUUUGUUUUAGUUUAGAACAUAAUCAUGAUAUAAAUUAAUGAUUUGAACAAAAUAGUUAGGGGCAAG